CUUCAUGCUUUAAGGAAAUGCACCUUCCGCAUCGCGCUUCUCUGCCAUACUUUCGGAAGUGCGUUGCGCCGCGGAUUCAACCGACAAGAAAGGGAAGAAAGACGAGAAAGUCGAUCUAGCGAUCGUAGAAGACGUUCGCGCAGAAUUGUCGGUGAAGAGCGGCCAUUCACUUCUAGAAAUCGAGGAGACUCAGCGUCUUCUACAUCAACGAUGUUACGGCUAGUUGGUAUUAAAAAUGCAUCCCUUGUUAAUACUUCUGGUUAUGAUGUUGACUCCAUUUUUUUUACCGCGGCAUAUAAUAAAUCAAACUGAAAUUUGUUAUCUACAGAUUUAAGAGAAUAGGGCCACAAGAUUGACAAGAAAUACUUAAGUAAAAAGGGGAUCGUCGCUCAUGUGAAGAUUCUAACGACAAGCGGCCGUGAAGGGAAAGGCGCUUGCAAGUCGUGUAGCAGUCGGUUACGUGCUUGCCUCUCUAGCGUACAGCGUUGCUUCAAAAUGCUCAUGUGUUGCUCUCUGCUCGUGGGCUGCUUCGCCGAAAUCCGGAAGUGUUUUUCGCGGCUUCUGUUUGGUCGCACUGCUGAGGACAUUGCAGCGGAUACGCGGACUGCGGAGGUCCGAAAGCGCGAAGAAACACAGAUAAGGUCGGACCACCGUCUCUAUUGGCACUACUACUGCGAAGACUUUCAUUGGCGAUGCUGGGAAUACUACCUCCGACUGCAGCACCAAAGCGAGCAGAGGAGGUGCGUUUACAGUAGUACCAAUAUCAGCAACAUGGGAGCGCAGCCACGCUCUGCUGAUUACCACAAUUCAAAUUCCUCAGAUCAACAGAUGAUCCACGAAGGAGUGCAUGACCAAAAGCGCGAAAAUAUCAG